UUCACAUACUGACACAAACACAUAUGAAUCACAAUCUCAUCUGUGUCCCAAGAAAACACAGACAGGUCAGAAUGUCAGAUCCAGCAGCUCAAGUUCCCCCUGCUGAGGAACCUCAGAAACAAAAGAGUGAAAAGGAGCUUAAAAAGGAAGCAAGUCGGCUGGCUAAGUUGGAGAAAUUUAAAGCAAAACAAGAGAAGCAGAGCAACAAAGGUGGUAAUGAAGGAUCAGAGGCAAAGGCCAACAAGAAAAAGAAAACUGAAGAAAAGCAAGUCAUCACCUAUGAUAGACCAACUGAAAAAGGAGAGAAGAAAGAUACCAAAUGUCCAAUGCCUGAUGCCUAUAGCCCCAGAUAUGUUGAGGCUGCCUGGUAUGACUGGUGGGUUAAGGAAGGUUUUUUCAAGCCUGAAUAUGGUGGCAGAGAUUUAAAGAACUUGAAGUAUGAGGACAAGUUUAUAAUGGUGAUACCCCCACCAAAUGUCACAGGGACAUUGCAUCUUGGUCAUGGACUCACUAAUGCUGUGGAGGACUGCUUGGCUAGAUGGCAUCGCAUGAAAGGAAAAGCAGUUCUGUGGGUGCCUGGUUGUGACCAUGCAGGCAUCGCCACACAGGUUGUGGUGGAGAAGAAACUGUGGAGAGAGCAGAAUAAGACCAGGCAUGACUUGGGCAGGGAGGCUUUUGUCAAUGAAGUUUGGAAGUGGAAAAAUGAAAAAGGUCACAGAAUUUAUGAUCAGCUGAGAUUGCUGGGAGGAUCAUAUGACUGGGAUAGAGUUGCCUUCACAAUGGAUGAAGACCGCUAUCGCUGUGUGAUUGAAGGCUUCUGUCGUCUCCAUGAAAUGGGUCUCAUCUACAGAAGUGUCAGACUUGUCAACUGGUCAUGCACAUUACGAUCUGCCAUCUCAGAUAUUGAGGUCGACAAAAAAGAAAUAGAAGGAAGAACUUUGAUAGAGGUUCCUGGCUACAGUGAAAAAGUGGAGUUUGGAGUCCUUGUCUCAUUCGCUUAUAAAAUUGUCGACUCAGAUGAGGAAGUUGUUGUUGCAACCACUCGUAUAGAGACAAUGCUUGGAGACUCUGGCAUUGCUGUUCACCCCAAUGAUGAGAGGUACAAACAUCUCCAAGGGAAAUUUGUGCAGCAUCCAUUCAUUCCCAGUCGCAAGAUGCCCAUUGUUUUUGAUGAGUUUGUUGACAUGAGCUUUGGAACAGGUGCUGUGAAGAUUACACCAGCCCAUGACCACAAUGACUACGAGGUUGGCAAGCGACACAAUUUGCCUUUCAUCACCAUCAUUGACAACAAUGGACUCAUUACAGGGGACUGUGGCGUCUUCACUGGCAUGAAGAGGUUUGAUGCCAGGAAAGCUGUGCUGGAAGCUCUCAAAGAGAAAGGUCUGUACAGAGGAACAAAAGAUAACCCUAUGGUUGUUCCAACUUGUAGCCGCUCCAAAGAUGUGAUUGAGCCACUGCUGAAGCCCCAGUGGUACGUGGAUGUCAAGGUCAUGUCUGACCGGGCAGUCAAGGCUGUCAGGGAAGGGGAGCUGAGAAUCAUUCCAGAAAUGUUCCAGAAAACAUGGUACUCCUGGCUGGAGAACACCAGAGACUGGUGCAUAUCACGCCAGCUGUGGUGGGGACACCAAAUCCCAGCUUACUUUGUGUCUGUGGAGGGACAACAACAGGGGCAGGACAUUGAUGACCACUACUGGAUCUCUGGCCGCACUGAAGCUGAGGCUAAAGAAAAAGCUGCCAAAAAGUUUGGCGUUGACAGCAGCAAGAUCACAUUAAGACAAGAUGAAGAUGUGCUUGACACUUGGUUCUCUUCUGGAUUUUUCCCCAUGUCUGUCUUUGGCUGGCCAGAGCAGACUGAAGAUUUCCAGUUGUACUUUCCAAACACACUUCUAGAAACUGGCCAUGACAUUUUGUUUUUCUGGGUUGCCAGGAUGGUUCAGUUAGCUUUAACAUUGACAGACAAGUUGCCAUUUAAAGAUGUUUACCUCCAUGCUAUGGUGAGGGAUGCACAUGGUCGCAAGAUGAGCAAGUCUUUAGGGAACAUUAUUGACCCUGUUGAUGUUAUCCUUGGUAUCAGUUUAGAUGACCUCCAGAAAAAGUUGUAUGAGUACAACCUUGAUGAGAAGGAGGUGAAGAAAGCUAUGGAGGGACAGAAAGUUGAUUACCCCAAUGGUAUACCAGAAUGUGGUGUUGAUGCCCUGAGGUUUGCCCUCAUCUCAUACACAGCACAAGGUAGAGACAUGAACCUUGAUGUUAUGCGAGUCCAAGGCUACAGGUUCUUCUGCAACAAACUUUGGAACGCAACCAAAUUUGCCUUGACAAGCCUAGGAGAAAAUUUCCAGCCUUAUCCAAAGUUCCAUCUGACUGGUAAAGAAAGUUUAAUGGACCUGUGGAUCCUGAGCCGCCUGUCCCAGGCCAUCACUCUAUGUAACCAGGGCAUGGAGAACUUUGAGUUCCCAACGAUGACCAACGCCAUCUACAACUUCUGGCUCUACGAGUUGUGUGACUGGUACUUGGAAUGCAUCAAACCUGUGAUAAACGGGACCAACACAGAGGCCAUCUCAAUAUGCCGUAAUGUUCUCUUCACCUGCCUGGAUGAGGGACUGAGGCUGCUGCACCCGGCCAUGCCCUUCUUGACGGAGGAGCUGUACCAGAGGUUGCCCAGGAGGUCAGCUGAUGCCCCCGCCAGUAUUUGUGUCACACCUUACCCAGAGCCAGCAGAGCCCUCUAACAGUCUAGUCUGCAACCCCAACCCUAUAGCCUACAACCCAGCCCUGGAGGCCAACGUUGAGUUUGUCCAGAACAUCGUCAAGAGCAUCCGAUCUGUUCGGUCUGACUACCAGCUCCUGCCUAAAACUAAAAUUGAAGUUUACCUGAAGUGUUCAGAUGAUGAAACAGCUCUGAUGCUCAAGUCCUUCGAGGCUGUGACCUCCACCAUGGGCAACACCAGCCAGGUCAGCUACCUGGUCAACACUGACCCCCCUCUGGGCUGUGCCAUGAUGACAGUCUCUGCCAGAUGUGAGACUCACAUCAUGCUCAAGGGCCAGAUCGACAUACCCAAAGAAAAGGAAAGGCUAGAAGCUAAGAAAGACAGUUUGGCCAAAAGUCUGGCCAAGCUUAGAGAAGCGGCCAAGGUUCCAGAUUAUGAGAGCAAGGUGCCUGAAGAUGUCAGAGUUAAAAAUGAGGAAAAGAUGAAUGAAUUAUCAGCUCAGUUAGAGACCAUCACCAACUCAAUAGAGACGCUACUAAAGUUACAGUAAAUAAAGUAGUUUAAUUUCUCCAGUAUUGACCACUGUCCAGCAGUAUCAUGCCUUGUAAUGAUGUGAACUUUGUUUAUCUUGCUGUAAACCUUAUUUUGUUUGUUGAUGCUUAUUCAUUAUUUAAUUAACCUGAUUAAUAAAAUUCUAAUCAUAUAAAAAAAUUUGUUUCAUUCUAAAGUUUGUGUUCACUUGAAAUUUUGUUCCGUUCUCAUAAAAAGUACUCUGGUUCUUACAAUGCUCAAUUUGAAUUAGUUUAUCAAUAAAGCUUAGAUUUAGGGUUUACGUUAUUCAUGUCAGCACUAAAUAUCUGUUUAAUGUCAGCUUUUCACUGAAUUCCUUUACUUAAACUAUUCACAGUUUGUGUUUAUGUAAAAGAUUCUAUAAUGCAAAUCACUGACUGUAUUUUUAUUUAUUUAUGACUUUAGAAGUGAAGAAAGCGUAUCUGUAUUUAAUGUACUCAGUCUGUAUGUUGUAUUAAACAGUUGAAUUGGUGAAAACAAAGU